ACUAGUAGUUGGUAAUAGUACUGCUCCCUCUUGUUGGUAAUUUUCUAAGCUAAGGACCAACGCCCGAAGCUCGCUCCGCUUACAACUCUCUCCUGCGUUUCCCUCUCCGGUUUCUACAGAUCUUGAAUUGCCGCAACCCUCUUUGCCAUUAAUCUGAGUGAAUACUGCAGGAAUAAUGGAUACUGAUGUCAUUUCUGAUGGAAAUAAGGGAGAAAGUUUGCCUGACUACUCCAUUGUUAAGAAAUUGAAGGGGUGUUAUGAGUCACCAAGAGCAGAAAGUGUUAAGCGGUUGCCUCAAUUGCCAACAAAACCAUCUGAUCCUUUAGGUCCAAUCACUCCUGAUUCCAUCCGAGAAGGUGGCGACCACGUAGAUGGGUGUUGUUCACCGGCUUCUUCUUCUCGUCACAGGACUCUUUGCUUCAAUUCUCAACUAUAUGACAACCCGGUUUACUCAAAUAAAGGAAGUCCACGGACUCCGAAGGGGUUGGGGUUUGAUCCAUUUGCUCCUGGACCAGAUAAACUCAUGCUUGCCCCACAGUGUAAAAAAUAUUUUACUGAUUCACGAGCCAAAGUGAUGCGUCAGCUUAGCUUUGAGGAGUCUAUGAAUUUCAAUGGAGAUGUUGAUCACUCGGACAAUGUGGGAACUGUGUCCGAGGAUGAGAUGUUAUUUGAAAUGUUGUACACUUCUCUCCUAGAAGUUAUUACUUCAAAACAAAAAGAGGAUCUUCAUUCGAAAGCCUCAACUCAACUUUCAGAUUCUGAUGGAUACACGACACCUCCCUCUGCACCUCGUCUUAGUGGAGUUGCUGAUACUUGCCCUGCUGCUCCUAUGAAGCCUGCAUAUCGGUUUAAUAAUAUUGACCAGGGAUUAUGCAAAAAGCUUAUAUUUUGACAUCUACUUAUGUUGGAAGGUAGUAAUAACUGUGUGAAGAGAUUUGGGUUCUCUGCCGGAAUUGAUUCUAGUACAUGACAACCUCACUCAUUUCAGUAUGGUGGCUAACCUCAGACUUGUAUGUCGUAGAGCAUUAACAUAUUGUUUAGGUUGUUGAAAUCGCGACUUCUAAUCUAGCAUUUACUUGUGAUUCUAAGACUUUUAUGUACUAAUUAUGUAGAGUUUAAUUUCAGUAUUGAGUGACUGUACUCCUGUAGCUGUAUAAUGUAUAGGCUGUAUCAACUUCUAUGUCCGAUGUGGACAAAAGUUGCUAUCGAGUAUUUUGUUAGUUGAUUGUUGGCCAUUUUGGUACUUUUUGUCGAGCUUUUAUGCUCCCAAACUUGUAAGUUGUCUCCCAUUGGAGAAGAUAAUUAACAAGAAACUGAGCCUGUAGUUUAUGGAUUUAGAAAAUGUAUGUAUGCUUUUGGAGGA